GUUUAAGUCAACUCGGGCCGUGUCCUUUAGCGGUUUGGAAGGAUGAGUGAUUAUGUUUUGGAUGGUGACCAGGGGUUCCAUGGAGAUGAGUUUGUCGAUGAAAAUGAAAAGGAAGAUGUUGGCGUAACAGAGGAAAUGCAUUUUGAUGCUGAGCUGGAGGCCAUCAAAGAACGCUUCAAAGAAAUUGAAGCCGAUGCCAAUAAGUUGCAUGAUUUACGCCGCGUUAUCCAAAGGUCUCCAAUCUCAACAUCUCAAGUGUCCUUUUCUGCUGCAGAACCAAAUAACUCAAACAUGUCAGAUGAGGAUAAGACUGAAGUUGACUUGCGCUCUGUAUACGUUGGAAAUGUUGAUUAUGGUUCGACGGCCGAUGAACUAGAAGCACAUUUUCGUAGUUGUGGACCAAUAAACCGUGUUACUAUAUUGUGCAACAAAUUCACUGGGCACCCUAAGGGAUUCGCAUACAUUGAGUUUGAUACUCGUGACGCUGUCGAAGCGGCAAUCGCUCUGGAUGAUUCAUCUUUUCGGAGUCGGCAGUUAAAAGUUCUACCUAAACGAACAAACGUCCCUGGAAUGUCCAUGACAAAUCAUCUUCCGUUUGUUAGAGGUCGCGCACGCGGUAGAGGAAUGUCUAUUAGUUUCCGUCCGGUAUAUGCCGGCCGAAUGCGAUUCCCACGAUAUCGGCGACGUGGUACUUAUUACUUUUCUCCCUAUUAAAAUGAUGAGUGUAAUGGAAUAAUAAAGGAAAAAGAAGCUGAAGACAAAAGGAAUUUACAUGUCCUCAUAUUUUACUUUGUCAUCCAAUGUUUUUUUGUGGAACUAACAGUUCUGUCUAAAUUUUAGGUGUUGCAUACCUCUACAUGAUGCGCAAGCAUUUUGUUCUGCAAUCUGGCAUAACCAUAUCAUACUUGUGAAAUUUUUAUUUAAACAUGCAUUGUAAAUCGAUC